CGUAGCCUCUCGUUGCAUGAUGUGUAGUUUGGGAGUUUGGGUUGCACGCCCCUGUGUUCCCUGUCACCUGUCCCACGAUUGUACAUUUGCCCUGCUUCUGCUGGACCCAGACGACACGCGGUCGCCAAUCACGGACUUGGCACCAGGGUCCAGUCACUGCAGUUCACUGGGGCAAUUCACGCCUUAGUAAGAAGCUGGCUUAGCUAACUCGCCGUCAUUGGGGCCAAAUGCUCAAACAGGCUUCUCUGCCGUUGGUCGUCGUCGGGCAACUCCACGUUAGCACGCUAAUCCGAUGCGCCUCCUUUGUGGAGACUUACUGUGUUCACCGUCCAACUUCGCUCUUUUCACUCCUCCAUCGCUGACACCUCUUUUUUCUGUCUUUUCCUCCCUCCUCUCUCCCUCAUUCUUAGCCCUCCAUCUCUUAAUCUCUCGCCACUCGAGUAUGUGCCGGCCUCGCUGAUCCGGCCGUGCGACGACGACCACGAUGAAAACCGUACAGAACUUCAAGCUCUACCGCCAAUGCACCUCCAUCUGGAGCCGUAUGCGGUCGUCGCCUGCCGCGUUCUUUGACGUAUUCUGGGACUGGACGCGACGAUUCUUCUUUACUCUCGCCUUCUUCGCUCUCUUCUCCGCCAAAAACCUCCACCUCUAUGCCCAUUUACACUCCCUUCCUCCCGAAAAGUUCUUCCUCUGGGGCAUCACUUUCUUCACCCAAGAUGUCGCGUGCACAAUCCUCGUCCGCAAUCUCACGCAAAAGUUCCCAUGGCGGUGGCUGGACGCCCUCGCGGCGCUGGUCGUCAUUCCGUUCAGUCUGGUAAUGUCUGGAAUGGCCUCCGCCAACAUUUCGUUCUACGUCACAGCCGGCGCCGAAAUCAACUGGCGACAAGCCAAGACCUUCCACCGCGAUGCCGCUGCCAUCAGAACAUUGCUAACCGGCCUGACUGGCUUUCUGAUCGUCGAGGCGAUCAUGACCGUCGUCGCCUGGUUCCUCGCCCCCUACGUCCACCGACUCGUCGGCGGGAUUCUGCACAUUCUCGCUGAACCGUUCAGGAUUCUGUUUAGACCGGUAUACAAUUUCUUCUCUAGACACGUGGGCUCUCGUAUUCGACACGUCCGAUUGCGGAGCGAGCAGCCUCUGCCCGACCCUGAGAUCUACGAGCAGAUCGCGGUCGAGGAUUACAAUGAAUACAAGAGCGAUGACGAGGAGGGAGCUGCUCUGUUGAACAAUGGCAGUACCAGCGGGACCAGCAGCAGUUAUACUGCCCCGAGGCGCCCGACGCAGCAGCAACGGAUCACUCUUGGAAAGCGGUUGCUGGUUUGGUUGCCGUUUGUCUCCUUCGUCAUUCUUCGCUGUUUCCGACCCUCGUAUCCCUCAUUUAUCUUUCUCUCCGGGGCGCUGCCCUUGACGCCGUUCGCUGGAAUGAACCGGCCGACACUGGGACAGCAAGCCGGAUUUAUCCCCGACUACUCCUGGCUGGAAGGCAAGACCGCGCUCACUGACCCGCCUAAAUUUGACUGGAUGCCAGAAGACAGACUUCCUGGGUUCGAGGAUUGGCAUUAUGAUAGCCCGCAUUAUAUGGCGUCGAAAGAUCCGCUGCAUAUUUCAAACCUCCAGGCGCCGGUGCUGGACGAACUCAAGGAUGUUUUGGCCAGCGGCGGCGUGAAUAUCAAACACAUUAUCCUGCUAAAGUUGGAGAGUACCAGGGGGGACGUUUUCCCUCUUCGCAAUGGCUCUUUUAUCCAUGAGAAGAUCAAGGACUCCUUCAACGGCAAAGAAAUGCCCGAGAGCGCCGUCAAGACCGUGGCCAAUCUCACGCGCACCGCCGAGUAUCUGACUGGCUUCGAUUCUGGGUUCGACCAGUACCGUGAGGGACCACGAAAGAAGUACGGUGGAAUCAGUGCGAGAAACGGUUUCACCACGGGAACGUAUACCAUCAAGAGUGUGGCCGGAACGGUGUGCGGGAUCUCGCCGCUCGUGGCCGACUUCAAUAAGGAAUGGAAAUACCAUCUCUACAACCCCUGCAUGCCGCACGUAGUCGGCGCCCUCAGCGCGCAGAAGGAUGUCUCGAGCAAUGCGACCGACUAUCGCUCAUGGCCGUGGCAGUCAAUCUGGAUGCAAUCCGUCACGGACACUUACGAUCAUCAGAACAGAUUAACCCCCAUGCUGGGCUUCGACGAUAUUUACACUAGGGAGCGCAUCGAGAAGCCUUCCGCGAAGCAUUAUCCUCUGAAACACAAGGAGGUCAACUACUACGGAUAUCCGGAUACGGAGCUGCGAGAGUACAUCCGUGACGCGUUUGACGAGGCGAAGGAGAAGAACAACCGUGUUUUCCUAACGCAUCUAACUGGGACGACGCAUCACCCGUGGGGUAUGCCCAACGAUGCGUACGAGAAUAUCAUGGGCCCGUCAUUCAAGGGGAAGAACAACGACAUGAACCGGUACUUGAACACGAUCGGGUUUGGCGACCGGUGGAUUGCCGAGAUCCUGGACAUCCUGGAAGAGAAAGGCGUUCGCAAUGAGACCUUGGUCGUCAUGGCUGGUGACCACGGCCUCUCUCUUCCCAAUGACGGCGGAAUCACCCCAUACAGCAACCCGCACGUCGGUAGUUUCCACGUCCCCAUCGUCCUCGCACACCCUCAACUCCCUGCGGUCGAGGUCAAAGAUCCGGUCAUCUCGCUGCAAAUCGUCCCGACCAUCAUCGAUCUCCUGAUCGAGUCCAACUCGCUCAGUGCAAACGGCACCAAUGCUGCCAAGGAUAUCCGCGGCCUCUACGAAGGGCAGUCGCUCAUCCGCCCGCUGUACCAGGAGGCCAACGGCAUGCAAGACUGGCAAUUCAGCGUGAUGAACACCGGCGGGUCGUGGCUCGCAGUCCGCUCCGCCAACAGACCCGCGUGGCGGAUUGUAAUCCCGCUCAUUGACGAUGUCGAGUGGCGAUUCACCGACGUUGAGCGCGAUCCGCAGGAAGAAAAUCCCAUCACCAGCUUUAGCUUUUACGACCUAAUGGACGCGCUGUGGCAUGAGUACGGUGAUGAUAAAAAGAAGAAACAUAAGCAUGAAGACGAAGACGGAGACGACGAUCUAGACGAGCGCGAUGCUUUUGCAUUCCCUCACCCACCGCCACCACCACCACCACCACCUCCUCCUCCACACCAUCCUCACCACCGUCCGGGCGACGGUCAUGGACCUCCUCCCCCUCCACCACCGCCUCCGGUCACCAUCUCGCCCAGUCAUCCCCGACCAGACCGAGGUGAGCCCGACGUUGUCCGCUGGGCGCGCGAUGCCGCACACAUGACGGAGUGGUGGAUUGCCGACAACCACCGCCGGUAUCAAUAUGAAAAGCCCAGCGACAAACCGAAAGAUAAGCGUCACUUAUAAUCCAUCAACCCACCUACUUUAAUCCUCUAUUUCCUUUCCGAACUCACCGACAUCCGAACCCACUUAUACCUUCGCCUAAUCCACCUCAAACACCUCAAACACCAUAAACCACCGCAAUCGACAGGAUGAAUCUGUUGGAUAUUCCCCACUGUCGAAUGUAAAUUACGACGUGUUGACAUUUUCUACCGUGGCAUAUUGUUUACCAUCUACUAUUUAUUCUCAAGCAUAGCAUGGCAUCGUUGAUUUGUACAUAAUGAAACGCGUUCCGAUCCUGAU